CAGAAUCGAUAUGUUCAAUAACACAUCCAUGCAUCGAUAACAUCUUCCGUUUUGUUUUGCUAAUGUGAUUUACAAAAUAGUUUCUUUUAUUGCGGAUUGUCGGCGGCUUAUGGUGUAUGAUUUGUAAAUAGUAUGAUUUUGAUGUAACUGCUGACAUGGACACCGGCGGAGCCAUGGAGGACCUGGCCAGUGUGUCCUUUGGCGACUUUGAGCCGAAAUCCACAGAGGGCGACGUAUCCUGCUAUCAGAACUUUCGGGCACAGGCGGAACAUGUCUCGCUGGACAUUUCGCUCGGGCAGAAGGCAGAUACUCUAUUCGCCGCCGACCAGACGCCCACGCCUACGCGGCUGAUCAAGAACUGCGAUGAGGUGGGUCUCUUCGAGGACCUGCAGCACGUGAAUCCCUUUGACAUUGGAUUCCAGCAAGCAGCGGAGCGAAAUGUCAGCGGCACUCCCAGUCGUCCAGAGGCUCCUCCCAAUGACGGCGAGUCCUUGCACACGCCGCAGGUGUAUCCCGUCGAGGCCUCCAGCACGCUAUCGGUUUCGUCCGAAAAUCAGGUUCCACAAAAUGUCAGCUGCGGCGACAUGGAUGUGGAUCAGCUUCUAGCCACGACAGUGAACCCGCCUUCCAAAGCCAGUGCAGAUGGUCCGCCACCGCUGCAGUUGAUCCAGCCCCAGGUCAUAACAUGGGUGCUGCCUGCUCAGUCAGUUCCCAUUUCCCUCGCCACAGCAGAUUCUAGCAGAAACAGGAUAAAGCCGACUGGUGGCAUUCACCCUUUCAUACUGCCCAAACCCAGUGCGAAAGAAUUACAUAAAGCCAGUAAAAGGCCCGAGCCUAUUCUGGUCAGUUGCAACCCACCUAAUUACGAGCCCAGUAGCGCCAGUCUGACGCCCACCUCGCAGCUGCCGAUCAAGGAGCGAUUAAAGGCCAUUAUCCACAGCAAUAACAACAGACGCAACUUCUCCACACCGCCCAAGGCUGCGAAAGCAAAGGAUCGCAGUCGGGACGAGGAUUGUAUGGAGCGGCGAAGGGCAGCAGCCUGUCGUUACCGUAACAAGAUGCGAAACGAGCACAAGGACCUCAUCAAGCAGAACGCCCAGUUGCAGCAGGAGAAUCAAGAACUGCACGAAAGAAUUUCCAGAUUAGAAAAGGAGCUGCAGCAGCACAAGAGUCACAACAGCUUAGCUGGCGUGGUGGCCGACCAGCUGCAGAUUCCACCAUCCAGUAUACACUUGCUCAUCAAUGUGCCCAACGUGUUAGUGCCUUCGCCCGCCAGCAAUGCCAGCGCGGAUAAGAAAUAACCGAGAUGCCUUGUUCAUUAGACCCAUGUACAUAAUCCUAGCCUAGACGUUUAUUUGUACAAAAAAGCCUCAAUUAAGAUAAAUUCCUUCUGUAUUUCAAUGUU